CUUUGCGUGUGCGCCACGUAGACUGUGUAUUUUUCAUGCUAGUGUUUUUCGGCUCGGUCACGCAUCUUCGAUUAAAAAUGUUGUAAUAUUCCGUGUAACCCUCCACAGUACGGCUUGAUGAAGCGCAAGUCUACCGGUAAAGUAGACAACAGUAAGACCUACACGGCCGGGAGGUAUAUGAUCGGUCCAGACUUCACCUUCAAGAAGUACCAAGCAGAUUUGCACUUCGUGCAGCUUGAUACUUUCGCAGUUUUCACUAGCGGCAAGCUAGAGGUUAGACUAUCUGCCGCCUUUCAGUUUUACCUACUUCCCGAGGACCUCGGAGAGCUUCACAAGGAAUACGACUUGUUCUCAUAUGCAGGAAAGGGCGAAGUAUCGCUUGUUUUGCUGCCAGUGGGUAUUGAAAGAACGAAGGUGUCUGCAAUUAAAGGCGAAGCAGCUCUUCCCCCUUUAGACGAGUACAUUCGCGUCAAAGUGGAGAAGAUCUUAUUUGAUAAGCUCGUUAGUCGCCUAGAGGGCACCUGCUGCCGGGCAGGGUGUCAACAAAGAGGUACAUGCAAAUCAGGGUGCAAACCACGUGACACAUGCGCAUGUGCAGACAAGGGAUUAUUCCUGGAGGUUCGCUCAUUCCAGCUCCUCUCGGUCUUCAUACCCAAUGACGUCAAGAGUCGUUAUCUGAGUCAGGUGAUCGAGACAGCCAAUGAGGAGAGAGAAACGUUUGUUCAAAGGGAGAAACUUGUCAGAAAAGAAACCGAGAAACUCAUAAAAGACAUCGACAACGAGGCUGCAGUUAUCCUCCAGAAUACCUCGGUCCAGGCCUCACUCGCCAAGAGCCGUGCUACUGCGACUGCGCAACUCCAGGUCGAGGCUGCACGGAAUGCGGGGCUCACGUCAGUCUACCAGAUGCUUGGAAUCACAGCAGAGAAACACAAGGCUUCCUUCAACUACCUCCGCUCGUUACGUAAGAGACAGGACAUGUCAGUUAACGUGGACUACACCACUCUGAUGGCGCGGGGGGACUAGCAGUUUGACUAACGAUGGAGACGUGGUAUAAACAUGUCUCUAAAUUUAUGUUCACGUUUUUUAAAACGUUGGCAGAGCUCUGCCGAGUUUAUGGUAGAAUAAGUCAGCAAUCAAGUUUAGGGACGCUCCUUUUAUAUCUCGGUUUCUGUGCCUCGGCGUCCCAGCACUCGAACUCGAUGCUUAAAGGUCCUGUAAACACCCCGUGGGUCAUUUCUGGGAUAUAAUAGAAAAUCUGGCGUAGAAUACGAAUAUCGACAGCUCAGAAUAUUUCCUUUUCUGGAAACACUUUUUUGUUUUGACAUUCGAGGCAUCAAAACAUUGAAACAACCAAUCACAGAUCAAAUUGUAAGAUGACGUCAUAACACUCGCUGGACCUAAGUAAAGAAAACAUGGCGGCCAUAGAGAGACGAGAAUAAGAGCAUGAAACAAAAUCUUUCUGCUUUUUGGUAGGGUUUUUAGACGUAUCAAAACAAGACUUGUAGAAAAGCCUUUGGGUGCAAAGAUGUGGUAAAAAUUUAUAUUUCGAAUGGCUAUGUUCGGUGGGAAAGUCCAAUUCGCUAAAGUCAAUAGAUGACGGUGAGGAUGAUGGUCAUCACGAUUGAAUUACAGCUUGGAAGCGUAAUUAUACUGGAAUUCGAAGGCACACUUAGUGGUGGACAAGCAGGCAUGGAUUCUUGACCCUGGAGUUGACUAUUCAGUACUGCAAAUGGUUUUCGUCGCGUCCUCCGAAGCUCAUAAUGCAUGCAUAAGUACAUGCCUUACGGUGUGUUGUGUUUAGUCUCAAUAUAAGUUAUAUAUGCAGCCCGUCCGAGUUUGUCGGUCGAUCAUGAACAUUCAGUAUUCAAAUUGCCUUGUGCAGGCGCUGUUAAAAGCUGAAUGGGGUCUAGAAUUUUUCAAAGGUGCUUCAAUUUAUGAAAACUAUUACAAUAGCUUUGUGCUUAAAAAGGAUUGGACCACAGAACCACACCUGGAUCAGCCACUGCAGAAAAUUACUUGACACAUACAGUAUUUCAUAUUUGUUCUAAUGACUUAAUAGAGGUAUAAGCUUAAAUCAUCUCAUCUCCUACACACAAAAAGCAUGUGGUACACAGAAAUCAAAUAAAAUCAAUCAUAAUAUCAAAUAAAACAAAUAGAAGACA